CUAAAAUGUUUGGCGCAUGUGGUAGCCAGGUCCACUUCUCGCGAGCGAUAGCAUGCCGCCGCAGUUUCACAGACAAAUGUCCACAGCAGCGCUGCCCUUGGCAGUAGAGGCCGUGCUAACAAACGCUUCUUCUAGCUCCCAUGUGAUUGCUCGUGCUGGCAUCUGUGAGCCAGCGACCGACGAGAAGACGACCCUAGCGCCGGCCCGGCCAGGGCCAGCCCCCACGCCGUCGCCUGCGGUGGCCGCUGCCGUAGCGCGUGUGCUCCAGGCCUCAUGUCGACUUGGCAGCCUGGGUGGCAUUGGAAGCAGCCGGGGCCCCUGCCAUGGCGCUGGGGGCGCACACAAGCCAACAGGGCUGCUGGUGGGCGGAGACGUCAGUACGGCUGUGGUUCAAGGCGCCGGCAGCGGCAAGGUAGCGACCGGUCGUGCGGCGGCUGGCCAGUGGCAGCCGCAUGAGCUCGAGGUGUUGCUUGCCGCGGCCCAGCGGUUGAACACCGCUGCAAGGGGCGCUGGCAACAGGACUUCUCGGGGAGCGGUGAGAAAGCUGUCGUUGCCAGCACCCCGUGGGGAGCUGGCGAAGAUGAUGGUUCAGCUAGGUUGGGACCCAACCGAUGCACGGGAGCGCAUGCGGCUUCGCACCAGGCUGAGCCAAAUGCGCGCGCGACUGGACCACGAGGAAAGCCCUGAAGAGGUCAUGGGCACAACCAAGUGUGCAAGGCCCCGGAACGCGAGUAUGCGAUGGACGGCGUGGUGCCGUGAUGCCUUCCUCACCCUGCCUGGCUACCAGGGAACAUUUGACGACGUGUGCGCGGUGCUGCUUGCGAACCCCAACAUUGCCCCGCUGCUGGACCACAGAUAAACGCUCCGUUCCUCGCUGGCGGAACUGUGUAGGAUGCGCCACCGCCAAGUUACCCGGCGUGGUCAAGACUGGCGAGAAGCGGGGCGGAAGGCAGGUCUACCGCUACGAUCCACAGGCUGGAGAGCUGCUUCAGGCCGCCGCAGCAGCCAAGCACAGGCGAAAGCCAAAGGGAGGCAAGGGGGAGGCGUCCAUGCCACACCUGGGCGCCGGGCAGUAGCGAGCAGGCAGACAGAGGGAGGCGGUGAGGCCGGGAGAAAGAGGGAGGCGGUGAGGGAGGGAGGCGAAGGAAGGCUGUGGGACAGUGGGAGGAGGCGGCAUCAGGGCCUUGUUCAGGGCCUUAUGCUCGUCGUGAGGACGUGGUGCAGCAGGACCGAGCGAGGCAGCAGCAGCAGCAGUGCGUGCGUGUGUUCGCGCUGGGAAUGCCAGUGGGUGGUGGGCACAUCUUCUUUGAUGCAGGAUGGGAAGAUCAGUACCGUAUGCCUACGGGAUACAUGGCAGGUUCCCCAUACACGUUCGAGUACUUGCAAGGCAGCAGGAGGAGUAGGCGUGGCUGCGUGGGGCCUGAGUAUGGUAGUUCAUUUUGGGCAUCCCGGUAGCGGCGCAGGAGAACGAGGCCAGAGAAGCCCAGAGGAGGAGAAGGCCGCACGGGCCCGAACCUAAAAUGCCAAUGCGGUCCUCAUCGUGCCGAUCGGGCCACGCACAGUAGCAAAAGCAGCAGCCUUCGUCUACACGGAGCUGUCGGACCGACGGGGGGAUGCAUUGGGGAUCGUCGUGGAGGCCUGGAGGGGGCACGGGGAGGGGCGUUAUCAUGGAGCGAGCAUCGAUUCAGCGUCUCAGUCACCAGGAAU